UUUAAACAUGGGCGCGGAUGUCGUGUAUGUGUCAGUGUCGAAGAAUUUAAUUUUCUUUGUUUAUUUUACUUUUAUUGAUUUUUCUUAUUUAUUUUCGUAACUAUUCUUCAAACUCAUGGUUUAUUUGUUUUGGACUACGUUUUGAAUAUGGGUACAAGCACAAUGGGUAGCGAUUUGCACUCAGAUAAGCAGGAUAAGCUUCUGAAGCUUCAAGCUCGUAAGAAGGAAUUGGAGCAAAUGCUCGCAGCCAAAAAUGAGGAGCUAUACAAGUUGUGCGUCCAAGAAGUUCAGCUGACGGGUAUUAUGCCCCCUGAGGCGCCUUUGAGCCCAGAAGUACCGCAGCGUGAAAGACUCGGGAGUGUGAAAAGUAUCGAUAGAUCUACAGAUGGGAACGAUGUCCACGACGGCUCCGAUACAUCGUCUCGUCGCCUGCGAGCCGGUACUGGGGACCGCAUGCUCGAUGGCGAUCAGAAUGCACGCAAAAACCUUACACACAGACUAUCCACUCCUUCCAUAUCGGGUAUUUCGACUAAAAGUUCUCACUCACGACACAUGAGGCGUCCAGAAACGAGCUGUUCCAAUUUCUUUCCUUCGCCGCCUCAAGAUCGAAACGCAGAUACAUUUUCUAUUCACACGUCGCACACAUAUCCUGCUUUAGCAGGUCGUCAUGAGCCUACACCAGAAAAUAUGCACAAUGAUCUGCAAGGGCCCAUGCAUAGACACCAUACAAUGACGACCGAAUAUAUGAAUAAGAUAUACUACAAUGGUGCUCCAGAUGCUCAUAAUGUUUCCCGAUUAAGAGAAACCCACUUUAGUUCUAGCCAUCCUGACAUUACCACCCAUCACACUCAUGGCAGUGUUGCUCCUCACCCAGUUCCGAAUGGCAUGCGUAAUAUACCGCUGCUGUACCAAUAUGCAUCCCACUUAAAAGGUCAGAAUCAACACCUGAGUGGUCUGCACCAUCAUCAAAUGCAGGGCCAGACCAAACGGAGACCAGAAGCCGUCCGCAGAAAUACUUUACAGAGAACCCAGACUUAUCAUCUCACUUCCCACAGCGACUAUAAUCACCAUCUAGAAAAUAUAACUGACAAUUACCGACCUCCAAUGUCAGCGUACCAACACAGAUCUCAACCGGAUAUCCAGGAACAAUCUGAUAGAUUGCAUUUACCUAUAGAGAGAGUUGCAACCGUGCCCAACACACUGCCAUUGCGGGAACGUAAUGUUAUCAGAAACCCGGUGCAUAUGCAGCAACUCCAAGUUUCAACUGAUGACUACACUCGAGACGAUAGGCGUGCGUACCCUGAUGCCAUGAGCCCAGUGAGCCAGCUCUCAGGGUACUCCCAAUCAAACUUCGAUACUGUGAGUAUGAACAAGUUUUCGCCACUCUCUCAAAAUGACCUGAAAGUGAAGGAAAAACAAUGGUACGAAACGUCUUUAGAUUCGCCAACGAAAUCGGAAGCUCCUCUCUUGAAAAAGUCAUCGAGCUUAAAAAGGACUUCUAGUAUAGGGAACUCUCAAGCUUACGAGAUAAUGAUCUCAUCGGGUAGACAUUCUGCGAUGCAGAGUCCUAACCAAGUGCCUCACAGUCCUCCUGUUUUGUCUCCGAGUGCUGUAUCACUUGACUCUCCGAAAAACUUGACAGUUAUAGAGCAGGGCAAAUGUAUACCGUAUAGAGAGGAGACAAAACCGUUUGAAAUGUCAGAUUUUUACAAAUACUCAACAAAGUUUAGACAAGCGAAUGCUCAGAAGCCUCCACCUGCCAAUCCAGUGCCAAGUGUAAAUAAUGUGUACAACAAAAUGCCUAUGGAAUUGCCCCCAUACUCCCAGGACCACUGGCAUGGACAAAACAACUAGUUUAAGUUUUUAUUCUACCAGUUUAUAAUGUGUUCUGAAUUCCUAGAAUUCAUAGGAUUCUUGAAUAUUUGUUUCACUAACUUUAUUUUAAGGCAACUUUUAAUUAUAUUAUUUAAUCUCUUAGUUAGCAAUGGUACUUAUGGUAGGCUGCUAUUUAUUACAGCCAAUUAGAAUAAUUUGUGAAUAAACCCUUAUGUUGAACAAAAACAAUAUCAGCCUUCUUGCAAACAGAAAGAUAUUAUGCUUCAGUAGGUAUAUGAAAAUUGAGAAUGAUCUCUCCUUAAGUAAAUAAUUUUUCAUUAAACCUACCCCAAUAACUUCAAGGAAAUGAUUUUAAACUUUUUAAUGUUUGAAAAUAAACUUUAUGUAAAUUGAAUAAAUAUUCAAUAAAUUUUAAUGUGACUCAUAGAGAAAUCUAAAAAUCUUAUCAUGUAUUCAAUUGAAUUCCUUUUAUCAUGGUCUUUAAAUGUUUUAAAAUUUUAAAUUAUGUAACUUAAAAGUUACUGUAAACCUGGCUCUAUUUACAUAGUUACAACUGUGAUAGCAAUAAGUAAAAUGAUUGUUGAUAAAAUAAAUAUACAUUAUGUAAUUAUUAUAAUGACAAUAAAUUGAAUUAUAGUGUAGUAAAAUAUGAACCAGCCAUUUAUUAUUUUUAAUACAAUCAAUGUUUGCCUAAUUAAGUACAAUGCUUCGCCCACCGCUGGUUUUGUAGUGAUAAUUAAACUUAGUAUUUGUUUGUCCCAAUAUAAUAUGUAUUGCAGCUUUUAUAUGUAUAACUUGUGAUUUAAUUAUUGCCGUUGUGAUUUAUGUUGUAUAACAAAAUGUGUUCAAACUUUGAAAGUGCUCAAUCUUGGUGAAUGGUAAAUUAUGAGGAAAAUCCUGUUAUUUAAGCCCCUGGCACACUACUUGGCGUGAUAGUUACGCGACGUGAGCGACGAGCGCUAUGUGAGUGUCUAUAACUAUAGUCUUUUUCACCUAAGAUGAUCCGUAUGACACUUCAAAGUUAUCCAUAUUACGCAUACUACAUAUGCAGAAUAUUUUUGAAAAAAUAUUUGUAUUUCAUUAGCAAUAUAAUAAAAAAAAAUAACUUACUUGUCUUGAAAUAUAUAGUAAAAUCUGAGUCUAUUGAUUAUAUUUUAAUUAAAUACGAUGUAAAAAUAUUUUUUAUUUAAUGUACGCAAUGUGUAAAACGGAAUAGAUUUAGUGCUGGGGUAUUUGUUAUAUAACAAAAUCGAUUAUUUUCGCGGUUCAUUAAUCGAUUGCAGUGAAUACUUUGUUAUUAAAAACAUCACAAAAAUCAACUAUAUUUUUCGAUUGUUGACUUAAUAAACGCAUUGAAAAUAAAUUAAUAGUUUUUAACUUAAAUAAAUAGAACCAGUACUUUUUAGGAAUCGUUUUUUUGAACACGAAGUCCAUGGAAUUUGAAUAUUAUCAAUAAAAAUUGUUUCAAAUAUAUUUGUA